AUGUGCCGACCGAGACAUCAUAUAGACUACUCUGAUAAUGAAGAAAUUCAAAUACCUGUUCCAAAACUAGUGCCGAUUAUUUGGUCUGAUGAGGAUAAAAGAGCUCUUGCCGAAACAUCUCUGUAUGAAAUCCGACUUUGGAGGAACGGAAAGGAACUGUAUGGAAUUUAUGUCACAGAUCAUAUCCCUCCAAGUACAACAGCAUCUUUUGUAUCUGAACGCGGAACCAAUAAUGUUCCUGUUUGGGCAGAAACCGCCUGCCAAAGAUUCAUAAAGAUGUUGAAAAGUCCCGUUUUCAAAGGAAAUUCUGGACUGAAUCUCAGACGAAGCAAUGGCCGAGUGAGAGAAUUUCUGAAAACUCAAAAUUUACAGCCACCAGAAGUCCCUACGGAUCUACCAAAACAUUCUGAAUUCACCAAGAAUAUCAAGAAUUGUGCCGAAGAAAAUGAAACAGAACCAUCUGUGGCCUUAGGAAUAUCUGCAUUAGACUUCGAAACUAUCAUGAAUUCAUGGGAUGUAUAUGUUAGUGAGCAUCCUGAACAUGGUCUGGAAACUAUCGCUCGAUAUUCAGCUCGGAGGACUGAACGUGUACCUGUGAUUGAUGAUGAUGGACAAUCACCUGACGAGCCAAAUAAUCUCAGAUCCCUUCAGAUGACUUCUGACGACGAAUCCCCGAUGCAAAGUCAAGAAGAUAGUAGAGGAGGAACAUAA